AUGCCUCUUCAAAUCUAUCAGCUAGCGACUGUCACUUAUGGGCUCACAUCAUCGCCCUACUUGGCAAAUCGUGUCAUUCAACAACUCAUUAUUGAUGAAGGAAAAAAUCAUCCUCUAGCCGCAACUGCUCUAAAGGAUCAGAUUUAUGUCGAUGACGCCCUAUUGGGUAGUAAUUGCGUAGAAAACGCUCUUUUGUUGAAAAAUGAUGUGGUUCAGUUACUCAAAAAAGGAGGUUUCGAGUUAAGAAAAUGGUCUUCGAAUAAUCCAUUACUCUUACAGUCGAUCCCUGAAGAUCACAAAGAAAAACCUAUUGGUUUUCGAGCUCCCGAACAACCAGUUCAUAGUGUUUUAGGACUUAAAUGGAUUCCUAAUGAAGAUGUUUUUUCUUAUUCUGUAGGAACUCAAAAUAUUAAGGAAACUCCUACAAAAAGAAUUGUUUUAAGUGUGAUAUCACAGAUCUAUGACCCGUCAGGAUGGUUAACUCCUGUAACCUUCUGGUCCAAAUCCUUCAUGCAAUACUUAUGGACACUUGGUCUCGAUUGGGAUGAACCCCUAGACGACAGCGUUAUAUCAGUUUGGAACAAGUUCGCCAAUGAACUUCCAUAUAUUGAAAUGCUCAAGAUACCUCGCUACGUGGGACUUUCUUCAGCUAAAGAUAUUCAGCUACAUGCUUUUUCUGAUGCAAGUGAAGCAGGAUAUUGUAGUUGUGUUUACCUGAGAGUUGUAAAUUCACAAGGAAUUAUAUCGACUUAUCUUCUGAUAGCGAAGUCAAGAGUCGCACCUCUGAAGCGUAUUUCCAUACCUCGCUUGGAGCUCUGCGGAGCACACCUGAUGUCUAAGCUCCUAAAUUACUGUAUACAACUUCUCUCACCUCACUGCAAGAUUAGUUCAUACACAGCUUGGUGCGAUUCCACAAUCGUGCUUUCAUGGAUUGGCAUGCCCUCUUAUCGACUCAAGGUUUAUGUGUCAAAUCGAGUUGCAGAAAUACAGGAAAAUAUCCCACCUUCAUUUUGGCAACAUAUUUCAUCACUAGAAAAUCCAGCGGAUGUUGGGUCAAGGGGUACCGCCCCACAAGAUUUGAUUAACCACACACUUUGGUGGAAUGGACCUGUCUGGUUGUGUAACUCUGAAGAAAAUUGGCCAAAGUCUGUCUGUAAAUCUUUACCUGAAGAGUCUAUCCCUGAAACUAAGAUUCUCACAGUUAACACUCUCUCUGCUGUUCCGGAUGAACCAUUUUCUCUCCUCACUCGCUUCUCAUCUUGGACAACACUACUUCAUGUUUCCGCAUACCUGCUGCGCUUCAUUCAUAACACCAGAAAUAAAGUUAAACAAAUUGGGAAUUUAACUUCUCAGGAGAUAAAAGAGGCUCAUAACCUGAUUUGUAAAUUGGUUCAACGAGAAUAUUUUUCUGAAGAAAUCUCAUGUUUGAAAUCCAAUAAACCUUGCUCUGUACGCAUUAGACGCCUAGCUCCUUAUCUGGAUAAAGAUGGCCUCAUUCGAGUAGGGGGAAGAAUAAACAAGGCUGAUAUCUCUGAAGAUCACAAACACCCCGUCUUGCUACCUAAAGGUCAUAGGUUAGUUGAUAUUUUGAUUGACCACCAUCAUGUCUUAUAUUUGCACUCUGGUCCAACUCUAACUCAGGCUAUGCUGGCAAACAAGUACUGGAUUCUCAGUGCUAGAAGCUUAAUAAGAUCUAGGAUCUUUAAAUGCAUAAAAUGUUUCAGAUGUAAACCUCCUCAUUCUUCUCCACUCAUGGGGGAAUUACCUAUGAAUCGAGUUACACCUUCAAGGCCAUUUUCCAUAUCUGGUGUAGAUUAUGCAGGACACUUCUUUGUGAAGCAACAUCUACUAAGACGAGUUCAACCUAUCAAGGUUUAUAUUUGUAUAUUUAUUUGCUUCUCUACUAAGGCGGUACACAUAGAAGUAGUAACCGACCUAACAGCGGAUGCCUAUUUAGCCGCUCUUACCAGAUUUGUCUCCAGACGAGGAAUCGUUUCAGAUAUUCACUGUGACAAUGCUACAAAUUUCACAGGUGCAUCCGAAAAACUCAGACGCAACUUUGAAAAUUUAAUCAAGGAUUCCACAGUACAAUGCUACGCUGAGAAUUUCAAUAUUAAAUUUCACUUCUUACCUCCACAUGCACCUCAUCAGGGAGGCCUUUGGGAGAGGGCCGUCAAAAGUGUGAAAUUUCACCUAAUAAGAGUCAUUGGACAACAGACCCUGUCACUGGAAGAGUUUUCGACUUUAAUCACCCGUAUUGAAGGAAUGAUGAACUCUAGGCCUAUAACUCCUCUUUCUUCUGAUCCCUCGGACCUAGAAGCUUUGACGCCAGGUCAUUUUUUAGUAGGUGGUCCUCUUAUGACACCUCUUGAACCUGACUUGCGUAGCAUUCCUAUCAACCGAUUAAAACGCUGGCAGUUAGUCCAACAGUUCAGUCAACAUAUCUGGGCUCGCUGGCAGAAAGAGUAUCUGUACACUCUUCAAGAGAGAAAUAAAUGGGUCAACCCCAAGAAGAAUAUUGAAGUCAAUGACUUGGUUGUCAUUCAUGAAGACAACUUGCCUCCACUCUCCGGGAAGCUUGGACGAGUUCUCUCCGUUUCACCUGGUACUGAUGGAAUAGUACGGGUCGUGCACCUGAAGACCGCAAGUGGACACCUCUCUCGUCCUGUGACAAAGGUGUCUGUCCUUCCUAUGGAAUAG